ACAGUCAGAAAACCCUGCCGUCUUCUGACUUAGGGAGCACACAGACAGAGGGAAGCUCCAGAGUCUGAUAUCUUAAUCGCCUGCCAUUAAAGGAUUUGUACCAUCGUCAGCACUUCGUCUGUCUCUGCCUCCAGGAUGGCCAGCUCCAAGUCAUCCCAAACCACACGCAACAUUGUCAUCGCAUUUCUGGCGCUGUGGUCUGUGAUUUCUCUCAUCAUCAUUGUGGUGUGGGCAACCUCACCUGACAUGAAGAGUGCCACCCAAUGUAGAGCAGAGAUGCAGGACUUGACGAACAAGUAUAAAGACAGCAAAAUAACAUGGCAAAAAGACAAGGAAGCCUUGGAGGAGAUGGUGGAGGCAGGCCGGGAAAACCAGACAACACUGCGCAGAGAGAUUGAUGUUCUUAUGGGGAGACUAAACGACACCAACACGACCCUAAGUGCCUGUCAGGAGGAGAAUGUCAUUUUGAAUGGAAAUGUAACAGCCCUGGAAAAUGAAGUUGAGGCACAUGUAAAAACUGAAGCUAACCUCACUGCAGAAGUCGAACUACAAAAAGAGCGAGUUGAGCGCCUGGAGCAGAAUAUGACACAGAUUUUCCAUCAGCAGGAGUCAUGUAAGGCCUUGCUUACUGCUGCAAAGAGCCAACAGCAAGCAGCUGAGAGCCAAACGAAUGCUUGCGAGUCCAGCAAGCAAUACGUACAAAAGCAACUGCAAAAGUGCAAGAGUCAAGGCUCAACUGCUUUGGAGCCACAAAAGACUGGUAACGGAGUAUCUGGACACCACACUAACACCCUGGCCACGUUCCUCUGUAUUAUGAGCCUGCAUUUUCUGUCUUCUUGAAUAUGCAGAACUCUGGGGCUGUUUGGACGAGUAUUCCACAUGAAAACUGUUCUCCUGAAUAGCAAGCUGAUGCAUCCUCAACCUGUACUUGAAGGACGCAAGUGCGUUUAUCAAAUACUGCUGUAAAAAUGAAAUAAUCAUGCUGUUGGAAAACCAGGGAAACAGAUAAGGGCUUUUUUCCAUUUUAAAAUAUACAACAAAAAACAAACAUCGUUAUUAAGGGGUAACUUGGACUGACAAAAACAUGGACAUAGAACACAGACAAACUAUAGAGAAAUAAACAACACUUUUGUGCUAUAUUUUCUAUGAUGUACAUUGAUUAAUUUCACAAUUAAUAUUCAUAGAUAUAUAUUUUUCUUAUGAUUACAACACAAUAAUUACUUGAUUUACAACCCACCCUUAGAAGUCGUUCUAUGAG